GGUAAAUCAAUCAGUCGUAUUCAGAGCCUUCACAGGGACUGUAUUGAGGAUCGGAUUUGGUCUUUCAGCUGCAGGUCGAACGCAGCAGCCCAAAGAUGCGCAUGGACACCAACUCUGAAUACUUAUGACGACGUCUUGGACUACAAUUGUCCACAUGAUGGUUUUAUUACAGGCAUAUAUAGCUGGCACCAUAACCAUUAUGAGGAUCGCAGGUAAUUCUCUCCUUAAAUUAAAAAAAAUGAAGGGAUAUAAAGAGGCAAAAAACGAAAAAGGAAGAAAAUUUGUUAUAUGUUGCUAAAAUAACGAGGAAUUGGUGUCAAAUAAGACAUUCUUAUUCUGUGAAUAUACUGAAAAUGCGCUUAAUUGGGCAGUCGUUGCUUCGAUCAAAAGCAUUGUUUCUCGUUUAUUUCCGCUCUUUUUCUGAUAGAUCUAGCCAAGGUUUCAUUCGAUCAAAAAAUUACUCAAUUAUUGAGAAUUUUUAUCGGAUGAUUUUUCGAAUGUGUUUUCUAAUAUUAAAAUUCGGAGAGGGUGUUUAAAAUUUUGGAAAAUUGGAAAAGAUGGUAUUUGGGGCUGUUAAAAAUUAGAAUAUGAAAUGAUUUAUUAGUAGACAAAUACAAGAUAGUCCACCACCAUAGCAAGGUGGUUCACAGAGGCAAAAUGUCGAAUAAACGGUGCAUAAGAGCAAGAUUGCAGAACUUACAGCGUAGGUUAUAAGCAGGAUAUAAAGCUGUUGAAGCGACAUCACAAGCCGCCUGUUUUGCUUUACUUUAGCGGUUUUCCUGGCUGACUUGCUUGAUUCUCCCUUCAGAUGUUUUGUAUGAAUAACAAAAUGCACUUUUCUCCAGCUAACGCUAAUAAUAGCACAAGUUUUAAAACAAAAAUGGUUAAAAAUCACUGGUUUUGCUCAUUCACAAACAACAAACACACUUGUGAAUAAAGCUGUGAACGAUUCCGCCCGGGUUAGCGGAGCGGGCAAGAUCGUCAAAAAACUGCCCGCUCUCGGAACCAAUCAGAUUGCAGGAUUUGGAGGAUUCCGCCCGCUCGCAAGCUUAGAAACAAAAAUAAAAUUUAACAUUUUCUCUUGCAGGUUUCAGUUCAGGUGUUGCCAUAGCCACUACUACAGACGCACGAACUGUCACUACACGCAUUUUACAACAAUGGACCACCCCUUUAAUUAUCUCGUCCCUUAUGGCUACUAUCUAGCAGGAGCAUACAGCGUUCACUCUGACUACUAUGAGUAA